AUGCAGCCACAGAUUAGUCAACACUAUCUUUGGAUGAACUCGGCUAAGGAAAUCUGGGAUAGUGUUGCAGAAACCUACUCCCAAAAAUUGAAUGUUUCCAGAGCCUAUAAACUGAGGAGUGAUGUGAAGAAUCUAAGGCAGGGGGAGAAAUCACUUGCAACAUACUUCUCAACCCUGAAAUCUCUAUGGCAAGAGAUUGAUUUGAUAGAGGCUGUGACAUGGAAUACCCCCAAUGAUGCUGAGACAUACAGGAAAUUUGUUGAAAGGAACAGGGUUUUUGAUUUCCUAACAGGGCUGAAUCCUGAAUAUGACAUCACAAAGCAGAACAUUUUGUCCAAGGAAAGUGUUUCAUUGUCACAAGCAUAUGCUUUGGUUAGCAGUGAAGAGAGUAGAAGGCAAGUACAGGUUCAACGAGUCAGCACCAAUGAUCAUUAUGCAAAUAUGGGGGUUAAACCCAAAGGGAUUAUAGGAGCUCCCAGUGGCACAGGAAAGAAGGAGGUGGUCUGUGAAUAUUGCAAGAAGCCGAAACACACCAAGGACAAGUGCUGGAAAUUGCAUCCCAGUCUUGUCCCUAUCCGAUCCUAG